AUGGCUGAGUCAAUUGCAUUUGCUACAACUUCAAUCAUUGUGUUGUUCUUGUUGGCACAUUCACCUGGAUCAAAUUCAGCUACAAUCAAAUUAGUUAACCAUUCCAAAUACAUAGUUUGGCCAGUCAUUGUGUCUCGCCAAGGAGCAAUCUCAUCACCACUAGCUUUCACCACUGGCUUUGCUUUGCAACCCAAUGAGUCCAUCUUCAUGGUCGUGCCCGCAUCCUGGUCCGGCCACAUAUGGGGUCGCACCCUCUGCUCCCAAGACCCCACGGAAAAGUUCUCUUGCGUGACGGGCAAUUGCGGCUCUUUGAGCAUGGGAUGUGUUGGCGGAGACCUCAACUCUUCGGCCACAGUGGCAGAACUCACCCUGUCCAACAUUGGCAAGCUCAAUUCCUAUAGAUUGAACCUCGCCUACAGGUACAAUCUACCCAUGAAGGUGCAGCCACUUGGAGAAGUAUCGACUAGCUAUAUGGUUGCAAGUUGCACAAUUGACCUGAACAAAGAGUGUCCAGAGGAGCUGAAGGUGAUUAGAGAGGGAGAGGUUGUUGCAUGCAAAAGUGGGUGCCAACAAGUGUUUGGUGGAUCAACUCAAUACAAUUGUCCCUCAUCUAAUUACCUCAUUACAUUCCAACCCACAAGGUAA